GAGCAAGAUUCUUAAGUAAUUACGAAGGUGAAGUACGGUUUUCAGAAUGACGUUCCGCGACAUGACGACAGUGUCUGUGACCGGCGCACUGACUCAUCGAUCAGUACAUGUCGGGCCGCAGCACGGUUGAGUUCGUCUCUUCCGUUCCACGAUCGCGAACGUCAAAUGUUCGAGUCGGUGUUCAGUGACUGUUCGCCGUGGUACGUGUUUUCCGACACGAUCCGAAUGGUGUCAACGAUUGCUUUUUCGUGAGUGAAGGCCUGAUCCUCGUGCCCCGUUUGGUUUUUUUUUGGAUACGAAGCCUUUUGGACAAGGAUACGUUCAGGGAUCGCCUUCGUCAACAUGGUGUACCAUUGGCAGAGUCAAAAUGUCAAAGUGUCUGGGGUGGACGACAUGGUUCUACUUCCGAAAAUAUCGGAAGAGGCCAUCAUUGAAAAUCUUCGGAAAAGAUAUAUGGACGACUACAUAUUCACAUGUAUCGGUCCCGUGCUAGUUUCGAUUAACCCUUUCAAACAGAUGCCGUAUUUCGGAGAGAGGGAGAUAGAAAUUUAUCAAGGAGCGGCGCCGUACGAAAAUCCUCCGCACGUAUAUGGUUUGGCUGAUGAGAUGUACAGAAAUAUGUUAAUCGAUAACGAAAGCCAAUGCGUUAUCAUCAGCGGAGAAUCCGGUGCUGGGAAAACGGUAACUGCCAAAUAUAUAAUGUCUUAUAUCGCGAGAGUCAGCGGCGGCGGUGAUAGGGUGCAAAAAGUGAAGGAUGUGAUUUUGGAAUCAAAUUCACUGUUAGAGGCCUUUGGCAAUGCGAAAACUGUGCGAAACAAUAACAGUAGUAGAUUCGGAAAAUAUGUACAAAUGCAAUUCGGCCGUGGUGGUCAGCCAAGCGGUGGGAAAAUUUCAAAUUUUCUCUUGGAAAAGUCGAGGGUUAUAUGUCACAAUUUUGGCGAGAGAAACUUUCAUGUGUUCUAUCAAUUGGUAACUGGUGCAAACCAACAAAUGAAAUCUGAAUUUGGAUUAACGGAUCUCGAUUAUUACCAGUACCUCAGUUAUGGUGGGAAUCAUAGGGUUGAGGGUGUAUCCGACGCUCAUGAAUUUCAAGAAACGUUAAAAGGAUUAAGUGUAAUGGGAAUAAGUGAUUCAGAAGUAACCGAUAUCUUUAGAAUAGUUGCUGGAAUACUUCACGUGGGGAAUAUUCAGUUUAUGGAAAAGGAAAAUUAUUCUCAAGUUGCUAACAAACAAUGUCUCGAGUAUCCAGCAUUCUUGCUUGAAAUAGCAACGGAUCAACUGGCUCACAAAUUAACAUCCCGAGAAUUUGAGUCGAAAUGGGGAGGUCAGUCGGAAAGCGUCGAUGUCACUUUAAAUGUAGAACAAGCUCUUUACACUCGAGACGCAUUGGCAAAGGAUAUUUACGCUAGACUAUUUGAUUAUUUGGUGAAAAAAGUUAAUGCAGCUAUGGAAACUACUUCGGACGGCCUUGAAAUUGGAAUUUUGGAUAUCUACGGCUUCGAAAUCUUUGAAAAAAACGGUUUCGAACAGUUUUGUAUAAAUUUUGUGAACGAGAAGUUACAGCAAAUCUUUAUAGAACUCACCUUAAAGGCUGAACAGGAGGAGUAUGUAGCGGAGAAUAUAAAAUGGACUCCGAUAGAGUAUUUUAAUAACGCGAUUGUUGUUGAACUUCUUGAAGGCAAGCGUCCGCCAGGACUUUUCUUGGUACUCGAUGAUGUUUGCGCCACUCUGCACGGCGGUAGCAGCGGGGCUGAUGCUGAUUUGCAAAAGAAACUUACAGUGGCAGCGAACAAGCACGAACACUUUCAGAACACGAGCGACGGAUUCUCUGUGUUCCAUUACGCUGGAGUGGUUUCUUACUCGGUGGAUGGAUUUUGCGAUAAAAAUCGGGACGUGUUGUUCUUAGAUGUGGUAGAACUGAUGCAAACAAGCACGAAUCCUCUGAUUCGGAAACUCUACCCGCAAGAGACUCAGGUGCAAAAAACAAAGACGCUUAAAUCGAGGCCAACCACUGCCGGCAAUAAAAUUCGAAAUCAAGCCAGUCAGUUGGUCAGUCAGCUGAUGAGAUGCACUCCGCAUUACAUUCGGUGCAUCAAGCCGAACGAAACAAAGAAGCCUAGGGAUUGGGAUGCGGUCAGGGUGAAACAUCAGGUGGAAUACUUGGGCUUAAAAGAAAAUAUCAGAGUGCGCAGAGCUGGCUUUGCAUACAGAAGAACGUUCUCGAAAUUUUUGCAUAGAUACGCAAUUUUGACGAAACAAACGUGGCCGCAGUGGUCCGGCGACAAUAAGCAAGGAGUGGAGUGGAUAUUAGGUAGUCUGCACAUCGAUCGAUCGCAAUAUCAACUGGGGAAAUCGAAGUUGUUCAUUAAACUUCCCGAAUGCCUUUUCAUGCUGGAGGAGGCGAGAGAUCGGAAAUAUAAUAUGUACGCUAGGAUCAUUCAGAAAGCGUUUAAAAAGUAUUUCGCUCGGAAAAGGCAAGCCCAGCAAAAGCAAGAAGCGGCUGAUUUACUUUUCGGCCAUAAAGAACGUAGACGGGCCAGUCUGAAUAGGAACUUUAUGGGAGAUUACAUAGGAUUGGAAGGCAAACCACAAUUAAUGCAUUUAAUUGGAAGAAGAGAGAAAGUCUGUUUCGCAGAAAUCGUGAAGAAAUAUGAUAGAAGAUUUAAGAUGAGCAGGAGAGAUCUUAUUCUUACCAACAAAUGUUUGUAUCUAAUCGGCCGUGAGAAAAUUAAAAAAGGCCCGGAGAAAGGACAAAUGAUGGAGGUGAUAAAGCGAAAGCUUCCGUUUAAUCAAAUUAGUCAUGUGUCAUUAAGUACUCUUCAGGACGAUUUCCUUAUUGUUCAUACGAAAGAAGAUUACGCUAGUUUAUUAGAAUCAGUAUUCAAGACGGAAUUUUUAAUUGUUCUUAGCAAAAGAUACAUGGAAGAAACUGGUCACGUUUUAAACAAAAAAUUUAGUAACAAUUUAGAGUUCAAAGUGAAAAAAGAAGGUUGGGGAGGUGGAGGAACGAGGCAAGUAAUAUUCACGCAAAUCGAUUAUGGCGACAAGGAAAUUUUAAAACCGAGCGGGAAGAUCUUAAAUGUGUGGAUUGGGCCAGGAUUACCAUCUACUACUAAACCAAAUAUUAACAAAUCAGAAACGACAUCCAUGAGUCGACAGCACGGCAUGUCGAAAUAUAUUCAACCAUUCUCACAAGCCAACCAACAAGUACCUGCCAACAGGCCAACGCGACCAGCUCCAAGACCUGUAAAUACUGAGCGAAUUGAAAACGUGCACAAAACAGUUCCUAGUGAUCAGACAAUGUCUUCAAAGCCAGUUGUACCUUCUCAAAGGCCUACUUUACAAAUUCCUAAUUCUUUAAGACCGUCACCGCUCGCUCGUACGAAUGUACCAGCUGCAGAGGUGCAACAGAAGACCAGUACAACGAAGCAACCAAAUAAGUUACAAAACAAUAACAUACCACUCAUGGGAAUGUUCACUAACAAUAAUAAUUCAAAAGGGGCAGCCAGAGGAUUCUUGAGAUUUCCUCCGCCACCUUCUGAACCACCCCCACCUGGCACACCAACUAUGGCACCAGCAUAUAAACUCCUCUCAACAACUGAUAAAAGUACAGGAUGCAAUAAGGAAAUGCAGACGGUGAAAGAAUGGAACACAAAGUCAGUAUUGGAGAAACCACAAAGGGCACACGCGCCUCGCACUGCCUCAAAUACAAAACCACAGAAGCCACCUGUGCCUAGCCUGCCCAAAGGUAAAGCUAUGUAUGACUACAAUCCGCAGGAUCUAGAUGAAUUGGCGCUAAAAGAAGGCGACAUUAUUGAAAUACUCAAAGAACACGAAGGUGGUUGGUGGCAUGGAAGAUUAAGGGGAAAGACAGGGCUCUUUCCAUCAAAUUAUAUUGAAAAGAUAUAAUAUACAAAAUAUACAGUUAAAAACUGUUGCACUGAAUCAAUUAUUAACAGUAUAUUUUAUACUGCAGGUAGAAUGUGAGUUGUAAAAGGAAGAAAAGUGUUUUGAAUGAAAGAGAGUAAUAUAUUGAUACCUAAAUAGUAGUGUUUUUAUCGUUUUUAAAACUGCACAAUAUAUUUAUUAUUGAAGAAGAUAUGUCACAAAAUUAAAACAAAUAAAUCAAAGUUUUGUACAACUACCGUUUCUAAGGUAAACGAAAUGCAGUUUUAAAAAGCGAUAUUUAAAAUCUGAAUAGUCACUAGAAGUUACCAAACAUUAAUUUAAGUAGUUUAUUACCUUUUAUACUGUUAAAUCUGGUUAAAUGUUACAUUUGUUAGGCUAUCUAACCGUAAAAGAUUUUGUAAAGUGUUUAUCAUUUGGAAAAUUUACAACUUUCUUAAUCGCGGAAUGCAUUUUUUAGGAACCCAAGAAUGUUAUAACAUUUGAAUAAAAAGAUUUAUAAUGUUAUUUAUAAUUAAAAAAAAAAUGAACUCUAAAGGAACUGUGUACAGUACACUGAUUUAAGAAUUAAUUUACGCUUAAUGAUUUCGAAGGUGUUAAUACUUCAAAUUAUAUUACCAUGCAGUACCUAAGAUUAACAUUAAGUUGUAAAGUAUUAUUUCGGAGACACUUAUUUUUUAUCUAUUCAGUAAGUAAAAGAAAUAAUACUGUUAAGUUGACAAGUUGUCAUACAGAAUAAUGUGCGAAAAGAUUUAGACAAAUUUCAAAGCAUAUAAUACUCGCUAAAUCGAAUGAAAUAUACACGUAUAUUCAAUUUCUAUAAAUUAUUAACAUUAUCUUCUAUGCCGUAAAAAAUGUGUACGUUUAAAUACAAACUCUGUUUUAAACAUAGUUGUUUCAAACACAUUUUUUAUUCGACGUUGCAAACUUAAAUUAUAAUUAUUGAGGAGUAUUACGUGCAACCGAGUAGUUCAUCUGUUUCUCAAUGAAGAAACCAACAUCAGAGAAAUAUAUUGUAUAUCUUUCCAUGGAAGUUUAUUUUAUAGUGUUCAAAAUUUUCAAUAAAACCUGAAUGAAAAUUUAUUUGUUGAUUUUUCAUGUCAAAGUAAAAAGAACAGUGGAAGUAACGACAUUAUAAUAAACCUUGUUCUUUUAAUUAUAAAUGGUUUGUUUUACUUGAAGUGCAAUGGUGCAGAAGCUUACCUUGUAAUAAA